GUCAUUAAAUGGCUCGGCCGGCGACGCUUCCGAGCAGCGUUCCUGGAAGGAGCUAUGGCGACCUGCGUGCAGCUCAACACCGGGGCCAAGAUGCCCGUCAUGGGGCUGGGCACAUGGAAGUCUGCAGCUGGGCAAGUAAAAGCUGCAGUGAUGGCUGCCAUCGAUGCCGGGUACCGCCACUUUGACUGCGCCUACGUGUACCAAAAUGAGAGUGAAAUUGGGGAAGGGAUCCAGCAGAAAAUCAAGGAAGGUGUUGUGAAACGAGAAGACCUCUUCAUCGUCAGUAAGCUGUGGUGCACGUUUCACGAGAAGCCUCUGGUGAAGGGAGCCUGCCAGAAGACUCUUGCCGACCUGAAACUGGAUUACCUGGAUCUCUACCUCAUGCACUGGCCUACUGGGUUCAAGGCAGGAGAAGAGCUGUUCCCCACAGAUGACAAAGGCAUGUCUAUACCCAGCAACGCCGAUUUUCUAGAUACAUGGGAGGCCAUGGAAGAGCUGGUGGACUGUGGCCUAGUAAAAGCCAUUGGAUUCUCCAACUUUAACCAUGAGCAGAUUGAAAGAAUCUUGAACAAGCCAGGACUGAAGCACAAGCCUGCAAAUGUCCAGAUCGAAUGUAAUCCAUACCUUACCCAGGAGAAGCUGGUAAACUACUGUCAAUCCAAAGGGAUUGCUGUGACAGCAUACAGUCCCCUUGGCUCUCCUGACAGACCAUGGGCUAAGCCAGAGGAUCCUUCCCUUCUGGAUGACCCCAAGAUCAAAGAGAUUGCAGCCAAGCACAAGAAAUCCACAGCACAGGUCCUCCUUCGCUUCCAGAUCCAGAGAAAUGUGAUUGUGAUUCCCAAGUCUGUCACACCACAGCGCAUUGUGGAGAACUUCAAGCUUCUCCUCUGACAAGAGAACGAGUUUUUGCCUGUCUACCUACACACUCUACUGAGGCUACAUUUAAGGCUACAACUGAAAAGCAGGAAUGAACCAAGUUUAGGUAAUAGUAUGCUGAUAAUUUUAGCAGUCACUUUACAUGGUGUCUCCUGUUCUGCAGAUGAAUUGGCACAUAGUGCUGGAUUGGCACUUGAGUGCAGUAGCACACUACAAAAGGCUUUGCAUUAAGAAAAUAGUCCUGGUGUCCACGAACUGUGUUGCUCCAUUGUUAAUUGACUGAAACUGAUCAUUAGGGUUUCAAAAUAGAUAGACUGAUAGAUAGUCUUGUUGAUGUUCCUUUGGAUUAGGACAGAAAGAUGCACAAGUGGCAGAUGCAAGUGCUUUCCAAGUGUCCUGCAACAGCUGGCAUGUAUAAUUGCAACUUCGGAUUUUUUUUUUUAAUUUUCUCUGCUAAUGCACUCUUACUAAUACAGAGAGAUGCCUUUUUCUCUUCCAUGAAACAGUAAUUUCUUCUAACCAGCCCCCCUCCCUUUUAGACUUGUUCUUUAAUUUUGUAGAUUUUGCUUACAUUCUCUGAUUUGUUCAGAGAAAUGAUUUCCAGCUGU